AAUCUCUCAGCAACGAUAAAGGCUCAAAUGCGUUCCAAACGUGAGCUGCGUUGGAAAUGGAAGAUCGAAGAUCUCACCCUUGUAUGCAUCUUCCUUCUCGCUUGGAUCAUUUGGAUUUCAUUAUGAAGUAUAUAGAAGGUAAACGGAGUUUGCAGAGGGGACCCGGAAAAGAAUAUGUACCAGUGGAUUUGGCCAUGAAGGAGGCAUGCUUCAAAGGGUCGGUGUUGGAUCGAGUGGCAGCCAUGGAGCGUAGACUUUCUCAGCUAUGCUUGGAGUUGGAAUCCAGCGGCACAUCCUGCACUUUCACUUCAACAUCUGGGUAUGCUUCUUGUAGCCAGGGAUCCAAAGCGGAACCAGUUCCAUCCUCUUCAUUACCAACACUCUGCCACUCAAAUAUAGAAAACAAACAAGUGUCUCAACCCCUCUUCCGUAGGUCUGAAAUUCAGGGGAAGACUCAAACAGACCAACAAAAGAGGGAAAAUCCACAACCUGUGAGUGUGAAGCCGCAAAAUGGGAAAAAGAGAUCCAGCAUGGAUGGAAAAGCAUGCAAAAGUACAGGGAAGAAAAGGGUCUCUCCAAAAUGGCCACACUUGAGAUUGUUUGGCUGCUAAAGUGCUACUAAUCAACUACAUCCUCCAAUAUUUCUUUCAUGUUUGUCUCUGAGAGUUUCAGUUCUUCUCUAAUUUGCCCAAUUUUCUUCUGGUAGAAUUAAAGCUACAAUCUUCGAGUUUUCAAUGAAUUAAUUAUUGAAUU